AUGACUGAAGCAUAACAACUAGAAGAAUUUACAAUAUACGGGAUUCAAAGUGAAUUCAGUGCAAGAGGCCAAAUCAAAUAUGAGGAUCUAAGAAUGCUGAUAUCGGAUUAUAUGUAGAUGUAGCCUAUCUUUUUCCUGGUAGUUCAGAUCCUUGAACAAGAACAUUAAAUUUAGAUAGUGGAAAAGAUUAAGAUUGACAUUUAAACCAUCUUCUCAACUUUUAGAUCCCUUUACUUUCUACAGGAAGUUCCAAGGUUCCUAAAUGGACGUUUAACACAUUUUAAUGUUCGUAACAUCAAAGCAGCAAUUUAACUUUAUCAUGAUGGACUUCUUACAAUGAAGGAUAUAAAAGAUGCUUGUCUUAUAUUCCAUCUUCGAGAGUAAGAGUUAAUGAGUGAAGGAGUACCAUGUAAUGCAACUGAAAUUAACAAUUUAUUAUGGGCAAUAGGAAAAGCCAUAAGCACCAGUGUUUUGGAAGAAUGGAUAAAACGAUGCACAGACUUUCUCUAGAUUAAGGGCUUCCUUUAAGAAUUCGAGUUUCUCUACCUUAUGGCAAAUACAGUUGACAGAUGGGCUUAUUAUGAGAAGAUUCCUAAAACUAAGAUGGAUCUUACAAGAGAUCCCAAAAUGGACAACCUCUAUGUCGUAGAUUAAACUGGAUAUAAAACUGCCAAGAAUCCGGAUGCAAAAAUUCAACAUUAUAUGAAUUAUCAAUACAAUAUGGACAAGGCUGUCUUUAAGGGCAGAUCCUUAAAGGAUAGAAAUGAAUACUAUAUUUAAAAAAGGACUUAAAAACAUCAAUAAUUCUUGAAAAAUAAGGAUGCUGGUAUUGGGGAAUUUAAAAAACUCUUAAGAGACCCUGAAUUAUAUGUUGAAAUUAAAUCUAAAUUAAAAAAUGCUUAGCAAAUUUUGAAUCAUUCUAAAUUAAAUGGGAAGAUGCUCAGAGUAUAAUUAUUAGAAGAGUUUGUUGGAUCAAAGGAAUUUCUAUAAUCUCAAGCCAAUCAACACAAUAAAUAAUUACAAAACGAGGAAUCUAGGAAGAGCAUACCGAAUAUUAAAUAAUUAAAGGAGCAUCCUUAAUUCUAAAAAUAAACAUAAAAAAUUUAGAUAUCAGAAGCUAUUGAAGAUAUCAGAUAAGAUGUUUAAUAGCAUAAGAAAAUGAUGCAAGAUCCAGCUUUCAUGACUGAAUAUUUAUAAAGAGCAUCAAGUGCAGUCAGUACAAAAGCAUCAAUGAGAAAAAAUAUAAGUGGCAAAUUAGGAGUUUAAUCUUAAACAUCUUUAAGGCCAUCAACUGCUAUAGUGAUGCCAACAUAAAUGAAAAUGUCUAGGCCUAUUACAGCAAUUAGUAAUCAGGAACACUAGAAACCACGAUUAUCAUAAACAAAUAUUCCUAAAAUUUUAGAAGAAGAAAUUGAAAUAUUCGAAAAUGAACAACAAGAAAACAAAAAUCAAAAUACAGUAUUUUAUGGUUCUUCGAAUUCUACUAAGCGUUUAUAUAACAUAGACUUACCGUGGCAUAAGUCGUCAUUACAAAUUUAAUGA